AUGGCGUCUAAUUCGCGGUUUGCUUCGCCAAAAAGCGUAGAAGAAGAAAUAAAAUUACUUGAGGACUCGACACCGAAAAAUACCGUGUACAAUACUAAGUGGGCACUAAAGAUUUUUGAAGAAUGGCAAACGUCCAGAAAGAAUAAAGACCCGAAGCUAGAAAGUCUUGGCUAUGGCGAAAUAAAUCUGCACGUCGUUGGAAGCCUYGCUGUUAAACUUCUGGACAUGAGUCCAGAAACGAUAAAUUUUUGGCUAAUAAAAUUUAUAGGAGAGGUUAGAAAUCAGAAAGGAGGACGUUACCCGCCUAAAACACUUUAUCUCUUGGUUUGUGUACUAAAUCGAYAUUKAAAGGACAGCAAAAGAGAAGACAAAGCAAACAUUCUCGACAAAUCUGAUAGAAGAUUCACAUUGUUUUGUAAGUCGCUAGAUGCAGAAAUGAAAGACUCGACAAAGCRUGGAAUAGCGAAUCAGUCCAUCAAGGAAAGCAGAGAAGAAAUCACAGAAAAUGAAGAAAAAAUCAUGUGGCAAAAAGGUCUUGGCACCAAAUACUAA